AGUGCCAAGUAGCUCAGAAACAUCGCUCCCUUUAUUAACAGUUUUGCACCGUACACUUACCGUGAAAUCGUCGCUGUGCAUCAAACAAAGUAAACAUACACAGAAAAACACAAACUCUCUGAGAAAAAACAAAACAAACGAGGCAGCGAAACGAAAUUCGGGUUGCCUGCCUCUGAAGGCAACCACGAGUAUGGCGAGAAGGCGACGUCAGCGCCACACUUAGGUGGACAUGGUGUCUCACACGCACGUGCGCGGAGCCGUUGCACAACUAUGCGCUUUCUCCUCCCGUUACGUUCACGUCUGUCCUCUCCUGCACUAUUUGCACGUCUACAGAAGACACGAAGCGAUCUGCUGCAAAGUUAACCGCGGCGGCGGCAACAAACGCAUCACCGCUCAGCUACUCUGUACCAAGAGCACGCGAAAACCGCACAGCUCUCGGCGAGCGAGGGCAUCGCAAAGUCACAGCGGCACUCCGAAACAAGCGAGAUGCAGCGAGCCAGCCGGUGGGCCGUGCGGACAGCGUCUCUUUGGCGGCAGAGCACCAGCCUUCGCGGCGUUUCGGGCUCGGCGGCGCUGCGCAGCGACCAACUGUUCGUCCACCGCGACGACGAGCACAACAACGCCAAGGUCAAGUUCGAAUUUACGCCCGAGAACGCGAAGCGCGCCGAGGCGAUCACCAGCAUCUACCCUGAGGGCCACAAGAACGCCGCGGUCAUCCCGCUGCUCGACCUGGCGCAGCGGCAGCACGGCUGGCUGCCGCUGACCGCCAUGCACUACGUGGCCGACUACCUGGGCAUGCCGCGUAUGCGCGUCUACGAGGUGGCCACCUUCUACACCAUGUUCAUGCGGCAGCCCGUCGGCCGCUACCACGUCCAGGUGUGCACCACGACACCAUGCAUGCUGCGCGGCGCCGAGGACAUUCAGGCGUGCGUGGAACGCAAGCUGGGCAUCCGGCCGGGCGAGACGACGUCCGACGGACUGUUCACGCUCAGCGUGGUCGAGUGCUUGGGCGCCUGCGUCAACGCGCCCAUGAUCCAGGUCAACGACGACUACUACGAGGACUUGCAGGCCAAGGACGUCGACGAGCUGCUGGACGCGUUCCGGCGCGGCGAGAGGCCCAAACCCGGCCCGCGCAGCGGCCGCUUCUCGUGCGAGCCGGCCAACGGCCUGACGUCGCUCACCGAGCCGCCCAAGGGGCCCGGCUUCAAGGUGCGACCCGACCUGUAGUAGCAAAACAACCACGAGUGUCUUAUAUUAAAGAAAAUCUGUAAGUGCGCGACCCCUCCCGAAAACAUGA